AUGGGUAAACCUAAUUUAUAUAAGGUUCUUAAGGCAUUUUCAUCAGAGAGGAUUCAUUUACCAAAAAGGCCGUUAAACGAAAGCAGGUGGGUAGGCAUCGUGCUAGUUUUAUUUAAUUCGUUCAGUGCUAACUUAACGAAUCACAGUCUCCCUUUUCCGCUUGCCUCAGACGUUUCCGUUGAAGAUUAUAACUCUUUCAUUGAAAAUCAAGAGUCAAAUAUAUACAAAUUUGAAUACAAAAACGGCUCUGUAUAUAUAGUCGAAAUGAGCUCAACUGAGCACGAAGCUGUUGUUGCCGUGCUGGGAAAAUCCUUUCGUGCUCGCUGUCCUCCUGCCACUUAUGCCUAUAAUGAACCAAUACAAGUUUUCGGUACUCCAUUGCAUCACUCACCAGCUGGAGAUGGAACUAGAAUUGCACCGGAUCUUGCUGUCUAUCCAAAUCAAGCUUACAUUCUAGCUCCUCCUGUUCCACAUCCUGGACCACCACCUAGUGAUAUAAGGGGAAACCCUCAUGCAAGAAUUAUUUGUGAAGUAGCUAUAUCCCAAUCUUCCUCUAACUUAAAAGACAAAUGCAAGCGAUGGAGACGACAAUCUUACGUGCAAUCUGUACUCGGCAUCAAAAUUUACGAUAUAUGUGACUCACGCAAUAACCCACAAGGAGCAAGAGACCGACCAAUGAAGGCCAUACUUUGGCGACAAGGGAUUCAAAAGCAGACAUGGAGAUUUGGCACUGUGAAUAAAGAUGGUUCCCCUACUGACACUACUGGUUGUAAUGGCCCGAACGAUCCUAACUAUAUAAUCGCGAUCCCUGUUAGCGACGCAUUUUACGAUCCUGCAAUUCCUGCAAUUGGAUACGCAACACUGCCUCCUCCUCCUCCAGCAUUGAUGAAUGCUAUUUUUAGAAUCGACUUAUACGAAAUUCAACAGAUGUUUCCUAUGGAUAUGAAGGUCAAUAAUAUUUCUAUUCCAUCUAUUGAAGAAAUUUCAAAGAUUAAAAAUCAGAUUGGAGACGUAUUUCACUAUCAAACAUAUCUUUCUAUAAAUACAAGUUCUUCCUUUAAUAGUGUUAUGGAUUUUAUUGGAAAUAAUACAUAUAUUCGUGGUGGUGUACAGCUUCAGUACACUUCAAAAGCAUUUUUUAAUGAUACAACAAUUUAUGGUGGAACUUUAAAACUUUCAACACCUACAAAACUUCCUUGGAUUGAAAAAGAUAUUAUAAUUUUGACAAAUGGAUUAUGUCAAUCUACAUACGCAACUAUAACUCAACGGUUAGCAGAAAUUAAUGUUCCCACUAAUUCUGUUGGUGGAUUUCCAAAUACUUGA